AUGAAGGGUGCAAUGGGAGGAAGGGAUUUGCUCUCGGCCGCUGACGAAAUCCAGAAGAUGGCUGAAACGACGUUGGGAGGCAAAUUCGAAACUGUCGUUGCAUUGGACGAUUUCGCCUACAAAUCCCAUUUCAAGGCGAGUUUUUCAUGGUGCAGUGAUUCGCCAUUGAUUAUCUAUAUGUAA